AUGAACAAAAUUAUCCCCAACAAUUCCAGUUUCAAUAUGCUUUGGUUUCACGUUACCCUGCUACUUCAGGCUACUUUCCUCUGUGCCAUUUCCUCAGAGAAGAUUCUAGCAUGGCCAGCUGAUGCAAGUCAUUGGUUUAACCUAAAACUAAUCCUUGAGGAGCUUGCAAGUAGAGGUCAUGAAGUUACUGCUCUUGUCCAUUCAGCCAACAUGCUAAUAGAUCACAACAUACCUUCAACUAUUAAAGCUGAAGUUUUUCCUGUUGCAUUCACAAAAGAGGAGUUUCUAGCACUUCAGAAUGAUUUUUUACAUUUUUGGAUGUAUGGCAGACAUAAUAUGUCCUAUUGGGACAUAUAUACACAUUUCAAGGUAGUCGUGGCAAACUCGUUAAAGUUACAGAGAGACACUUGUGACGGUGUACUGAAGAAUAUGGAUCUUUUGUAUAAGCUUCAGAAUGAAAAAUUUGAUAUUGUUGUUGUGGACCCCGUAGCUCCUUGUGGUGAGCUUAUAGCUGAGAUUCUUGGAGUGCCCUUUGUUUACUCAUUCAGGUUUUCCAUGGGUAACUCAGUGGAAAGGCUGUGUGGGCAACUACCAUCUCCAUUUUCUUAUGUACCUGGUGCUAUGACUGCACUAAGUGAUAAAAUGUCCUUUAGACAAAGGUUGACAAAUACUAUGUUGUAUGUAUUUCAAGAUUUGACAUUCCUUUUGAUGUUUCAAGAAGAUUGGGAUAAUUACUACAGCGAGAUACUAGGUCAUCCUGCAAAUCUUUGCGAAAUCAUGGGGAAAGCUGAAAUUUGGUUGAUUCGAACAUUUUGGGAUUUUGAAUAUCCACGACCAAUUCUACCCAAUUUUAAGUUUGUUGGUGGCCUUCAUUGUGCUCCAGCAAAACCUUUACCAGAGGAAAUGGAAAAAGUGGUUGAAAGCUCAGGAGAGCAUGGCAUUGUAGUAUUUUCCAUGGGCUCUAUGAUUAAAAACUUGUCUGAUGAGAGAACUAAUGUCAUUGCUGCUGCACUAAGCCAACUGCCACAGAAGGUGCUAUGGCGAUACAGUGGGAAGAAACCAGAUGCAUUAGGAGAAAACACAAUAAUGUAUGACUGGAUACCACAGAAUGAUCUCUUAGGCCACCCAAAAACAAAAGCUUUCAUAACUCAUGGAGGCACAAAUGGCAUAUAUGAAGCAAUUUAUCAUGGUGUCCCUAUUGUUGGCAUUCCUCUGUUUGCUGACCAGCCUGAUAACAUGGUUCAUAUGAAAUCCAAAGGCAUGGCAAUAAUGCUUGAUUUCAACAAAAUGGAAACACAGGACUUGAUAAAUGCAGUUAAGACAGUCAUCAACAAUUCCACAUUUAAAGAAAAUGCCAUGAGGUUAUCACGCAUCCAUCACGACCAACCUGUUAAGCCGCUAGACAGAGCAGUCUUUUGGAUAGAGUAUGUAAUACGCCACAAAGGAGCCAAGCACUUGAGACCUGCCUCCCAUGAACUGACAUGGUACCAAUACCAUUGCCUGGAUGUCAUAGGAUUCUUUUUGGUUUGCCUGCUAGGGUCUUUCUACAUCACAAUUAAAUUCCUCAAAUGUUGCUACAGGAAAUGCUGUAGAACCAGAAAGGAGAAGAUCCAGUAAGAAAGAAAUCCAAACUGCAGCACAGCAUAUUGAUAGUAAU